AGGUCUCGUGGGCGGGACGGCGUCUUGCAAACCGAUCUAUUCUUCACUCCAACCGUUUUGAAUGUGCUGUGAAACCUCCGCGCUGUUUAAUAUUUUCUUUUUGGAGACGCCUAUCUGACACUGCUGUGGCCAUACAGGUUGUCUGUGAUCACUUAAAUUCACGUUACUCUCUAAAUCAGAGCGCUACAUUUAUCACCGAUCUAACAAGGAAACUGAAGUUAGCAGAUGACCCUAGGUAGCUAAGUUAAGCUAACUGGCUAGCCCGAAGCAUGCCGAAUUUUUGCGCGGCCCCAAACUGUACACGGAAGAGCACACAGUCAGAUUUGGCAUUUUUUCGGUUUCCACGGGACCCUGAGAGAUGCCGAAUUUGGGUAGAGAACUGCCGCAGGGCAGAUUUAGAGGCGAAAACAUCGGACCAGUUAAACAAGCACUACAGAUUAUGUGCGAAACACUUUGACCCAGCAAUGGUGUGCAAAACAAGCCCCUAUAGGACUGUAUUGAAGGAUACAGCCAUUCCCACCAUAUUUGAUCUGACAAGCCACCUAAAAAAUCCUCAUACCAGACAUCGCAAGCGGAUUAAAGAACUUACUGAAGAAGACCUAAGAAAGAUCAAGGAAAGGAGAUUGGCCUCCUCUAUUGAUCAGCUUGUUUCCAAAAAAGAUGCAGCAGCUGAGGAUAACAGUAACACCAAUGAAGAUGAACCUCAACUUUCCACAGAGGAGAAGGAGUUUCGUGAUUACCUGAGAUCCUUGUUCGAGGUUGUCGUCAUGUUAGCAAAACAGAGUAUCCCGUUAGCGGUGGACAAAGCAUCCGAAGCUGAACACAAGUCCGAUAACUUCCAGGCCCUUCUAGAUUACCGCAUGAACGCCGGAGACGAAGCUUUGAGGAAGCGGUUUGACGCAACAGCUGUGAACACAGAAUACCUUUCUGCAACCCAGCGGGGCCAACUGUUGGAUGUGUGUGAGAACACAGUGAGAGAGGAGAUGCUGAUGGAGGUGAGAGAGAGUCGCUUCUUCUCCCUAGUCACAGGCGACCUCGUUGAAUUUGCCAACGAGAAACACCUGCCUCUAUUUUUACGCUUUGUGAAUCAGCAAAAUGUCCUUCGAGAGGAGUUUUUGGACUUUAUGCCAUUUGAUGGCGAUGAGUCUGCGCUGGUAGAGAGGCUAGAGGCCCAGCUGACUGACCGUUGGGGGCUCAGCAUGGAGGACUGUCGUGGUCAGGCCCACAAGGCCACUGGGGCCUCCACCACCAAGAUGAAAGCUGUGGCAGUAUUACUGAUGGAAAAGUAUCCCCUGUUAUUGCAUAUGCCUUGCUCCCAUACAGCACUGAACAUUCACCUGGCCAACAAUCUACCUUUUCCUAACGUCCAGAUCAUCAUGGAGACUCUGAGGAGGAUCUGUGCUUUCUUUAGAACCCCAUUUACUCAGGAUGAGCUAGAGAAAGCUAUCUCUACUCACUACCAGAAAAAUGAAGAGAAAGGAGCUACACUGAAACAAGCCUGUGGCCCAGGUUGGACAGAGCAACACAAUGUCUUUGACGUGCUGCUAGAUAUGUUGGCACCCCUUCUGCUGUGCAUGGACAGCAUUCGAGACAAUGAUGAUGGAAAGUUUGCUGAUGUGGUCACAGCGGACGCAUAUUCAAUCAUAGAAACUCUUGCUGACUUUGAGAUCAUCGUCACCAUUGUCAUCUUAAAAAAUGUUCUCACAUUCACCAGAGCCUUCGGCAGGAAUCUCCAAGGGGAGACGCUCGAUGUGUUUUGUGCUGCCAACAGUCUAACUGCUGUCCUGCAUUCACUGAACGAGGUCAAUGACAACAUUGAUGUCUACCAUGAAUUCUGGUAUGAGGAGGCCGUGAGUGUGGCCACCGUAAUGGAGAUUCCUGUGAGGGUCCCGAGGCUGUUUCUUCGGAAACAGCGUGCAGCCGACGUGGGAGAAAUCCAAGCAGAGGCGUAUUUUAAGGAGUACGUGACAAUCCCCGUUAUCCGUGGCAUCAUGCAGGAGGUGGAUGACAUGUUCUCCGAAACCAAUGUCAAAGCCCUUAAAUGCCUGUCGCUGGUACCAGCCAUCAUGGGCCAAAUGAAGUUCAACACCACCGAGGAGAACUACGCAGAUGUUUAUCGUAACGACCUCCCAAACCCCGACACACUUCCCGCAGAACUUCAUUGCUGGAGGAUCAAGUGGAAGCACCGAGGCAAAGAGGUGCGUCUGCCCACCACCAUCCAUGAGACGCUGCAGCUUCCAGAUGUCAAGUUCUUUCCCAACGUGAACUCCUUCCUCAAGGUGCUCUCCACCUUGCCGUUGCUGAAAUUAGAGGAUCACAAAAGUGACAUAGCCAGUGAACGGCUGCAGGCCUAUCUUGACAGCAUGCCUGCAAAGCAGUGGAACAGAAGUCUCGCCAUGCUUAACAUAAACACUCACGUCAAACACGACUUGGAUGUCAUGGUAGACAAAUAUUGCAGACUGUACCCAGAGGAUGAUCCUGAAGCCGAGGCAGAGUCUGAGGAAGUGGUUGAGGAAGAUGUGGUGAAAUGAAAAGCCUUGUGAAACAGAUGUCAGUCACAUACAAAUCAUCCUUUUGGUGGCUGCAGCUUGUAAUCAGAUAACUAUCAGGCUCUAAUGUAUGUUUGGUGUGUUUACACCUGCAUUUUUGUACUAAUAAUUUAAAUGUGAAUAUGUAAUUGAAUGUCAUCAGAGAAAAGAAAAAGUAAUGAUGUAUUUAAAUGCCUCACAGCCUGAUUCUCAUUGUAUAUAAAAAAAUCUACUUGGACAGGAAGAAAAUGUUAAAAUAAAUACUCAAUAACUCAUGUAGACUCAGAAAAUUAUAACACCACAAAAGGUGCAGAAAUGGAAGGCAUUUGUUUUUAUAAAUGUUCUAGGUUUCUUUAGUUAUUUUUUACAUUUCUUAGAUUUUUCUGUUCCAUUUGCUGUUGAUCUGCAGUUUUUUCCUUUUAACAGACUGUAAGGCAGGAGGAGCACAAGAGGGAGCAGUUACACCAGCAUUUACAUCAGCAGUAUCCCUGAAUUAAUGCUCAACAAGGAGGUUGAUUUUGAUGCAUCUUCAGCAACAUGUUUUCAGCUCUUUGAGGGGUAAAUUCUGAUUAAAAUAGCUGUUGAUCAAAUAACUGGUGCUUAACUAGAAGAAAAUACAAUUCUGAUUUGUAAUAAAGUUACAUGCUUUAAAUCUA